GUUACGAAAUGAGUUGUCAAUGAUUGCGUGAUACUACACUUUAAACUUCAGAUGCACAAUGUUAAAGUAAAAAAUCAGCGCCUUUCUAUGAUUAUUUGUGUUAACACGAAGGUCAACAAAGCACUAUUUUUUCAAAGAACUGUCAAAUGCACAGAGGUUAUAAAUAAAUAAUCCAUCAGUGAUAUUCAACUGAUUAAUUUUUCAUUUAUAUUAUAAAACUUAAUAAAAUUUCCUUGUGGUAUAUCAACGAAAUUAUGUAGUUACGAUGGUGGCAAAUACAGGCAGUGAUAUGACUGGAUCUAUUUACCAUGAAAGACAAGUAAAAGAGCUUUGUGCUCUACAUGCAUUAAAUAAUUUAUUUCAAGAACGAGGUUUUAGACUUGGAAAUUAUGACAUUAAUGUUAUUAUGGCUGCAUUACAACGAAGAGGCCGUGAAGCAGUUUGGUUUGAUAAACGCAAAGAUCCAAAGUGUCUUUGCCUUGACAAAAUUGAAGGUUUUAUAUUAAAUGUUCCAACAGAAUAUAAAUUGGGUUUUGUGUUACUCCCAUUGAAAAGACGCCACUGGAUUGCCUUGAAAAAAAUUCAUGGUGCCUUUUAUAAUUUAGAUUCAAAGUUAGAUACACCACAACUUAUAGGAAAAGAUAAUGAAUUACUUAUAUAUCUCAAGGACCAAAUAGACAGUAAGGAAAAGGAAUUAUUUCUUGUUGUCUCUAGAGAAAUAGAUAAUAAUCAAGGAUGGUUAAUGGAACCAUAUGAAAUUAAAGAAGAUAAUAAUACUGAUCAUGAUUCAAUCAGGUAUAUUGAAGAUGGUUAUCCAUCAGAUAUAGAUGUAAAGAAAUCAGAAUCUAAAGAAAUGAAUGAAAAUGAGGAAUUAAUAUGUAAUAAAAAUACUAGAUAAUUUUUACUCAAUAUUAAAAGUGUGAUAUUAUUGAGAAAUAUAAUUUAUGAAGGAUGGAA